AUGGGAGAGGGCAUGUACAGAUGGUUGAGGCGACGGGAGCUCAUGUCUGAGUACAACUCCCGCAUGGCUGCCAAGAUGGGGCUGCAGCAGUAUGACAAGGCACUGGCCAUGGAGCUGCUCAAGCUGAUGUAUGACUGCGACGCAGACUUCACCAACACAUUCAGGGCCCUGGCCAGCAUCCCGUCUGCUGAGGACGCCGACGGCCACGCGGACGGCGGCGGCCUUUCAGCUUCCCGCGGCCUGCCGGCUGAGCUGGCGGCGGCCAUCCCCGCGGAGGAGCUUACUGAAGAGGCGGCCGCCGGCUGGCGCGCGUGGCUGGGCGCGUGGCGCGCCAAGCUGCGGGAGGAAGGGGUGGCGGACGCAGAGCGGGCGGCGUCGAUGAAGCGCGCGAGCCCCAAGUUCAUCCCGCGGCAGCAUCUCCUCCAGUACGCCAUCGAGGCGGCCGAGAGGGGCGAUUACUCAGAGCUGGAGGCCCUCAUGGCCGUCCUUAGCCGCCCCUACGACGACCAGCCGGGCGCAGACCCCAAGUACACGGCGCCGCCGCCCGGCGACAUAGAGAACAAGCCCGGGGUCUGCAUGCUGUCGUGCUCGUCUUGA